AUGGCCAUACCGUCCAACGCAAUCAAAUUGCAGGCCCUAGAUUUGGUCGACUGGCCCCUGGCGUAUGUCGCGUGUCCGUGGGCCUCCCUGCGUUCCUUGUCUAUAACGCACUAUAACCUCGUCCACUACUUCAACGGCACUUUAGAUGCGUUGCAGCAGUGUACUGGCUUGGAAACGCUCGCGCUCGCGGUCAAAUGUCCCGACGCCAUUGUGGAUCACACCGACCUCCUGUGGUCCAGAUUCAGACACAGACCCACGGUCACUUUGCCCUUCCUGCACACGCUAAUUGCACGCGACCUUGCGAUCUACUGUGUCCGCUGGCUGCUGGCGCCGAACCUCCGGACGGCCGAGCUAGACGCGGUGUACAAAUACGAAGAGGGUUCUGCCAGCGGGGACUACAACAUCCGGGAAGUCGGCUCUUACCUUAAGACCCUCCUCCGUCCCGUCAGCACCUUGAAGCUCAGGCUGGCGAUGCCACAGCAGCAAGACCCGAUAGACGACCUCCUGCAGGCCCCCGAGUGCCUGCGCAGCCUUCACAUCCGCGAGACCGUGUCGAGCUACUUCAUCCGCACAUGGCCGCCCAUCUUCAGGCGUUCGCUAUUGCAGUCGCUCGUUUACAACCCCAAGAGCUACAAAAAGCGCCUGCCUUACCUCACCGAGCUCGUGCUCACGAACACGGAUGGAUGCGAGAAGGCGAGGACGAAGCUGCAGUUCGGCCUUCAGGAGGCGGAGUUGAUCUGUCAAGUGGUCGAGUCUCGGCUGGAGGCGGACGAAGGACGGAGCAAGCUCGAACGGCUCGUCGUGCAUUGCCCAAACAUCGAGUGCCCACGGAUGUUCAAAGCAUGGAUCACGAACUUGCGGAAGGAGGGCGCGCUUGAAAUCGACGUCGACUUCGAUCCCAGGGAGACGAAGUUCGCCCAGUGGUGA